UUUUAAAGAUAAAAAUGGCAUAAACACAAGGACACUUUCUAAACACACAUUAUACAGACAAUAAUAAUAAUAAUAGUAGUAGUAAUAAUAAUAAUAGUUUUAUAAUAACAAACGAGGAAUGUUAUCCCUCACAGUCCAGGGUAUAAGCCAACUGCUAGUUCAUGGGGAUAGGAAGAAAUUGCCUCGUUGAGCUGUUUAUUCUAUAGUUGUUCCUUACAGGGUAUGUUUCCCUCUGCACCACCUGCACACAGCAGUAAGGCCUCAGCCCUCUGAAACACGAUGUGCACAUACAAAACUAGGCAGAAUAUUUUAGUUGCAUUGGUGAGGUUAUCCUGUGCUACGAUCUGAAGUUAAACCAGCACUAUCCUUAUAUGCUAUUUUCCCCCUGCGGAUUUAAAAGUCCUGUGAAUGCAUUUACAGGAUCCUGGCUUAUGCAGGUGGGAGCAGAGCUCAGGCACACGUCCAUGCCAAGGUGAUCAAGCCCCUUCCAGAACAGGAGUACUACCCUGCAGGUGGAGGUCACUUCCACCUCUCUGUGACUCACAGACACACAUCCCAAGAAAAUGUUUCUCAGAGAUAAAUCUUAGCAUCAUUCCCAUUUCUCACCCGCUAGACCAACAACCCGGAUACCUAAUUCUCAGCUUACUCCAAGGCAUAGCUCUCCCCAUGGAGAAGCAUCUCCUCUAGCAUCUCCUUGUUGAAGAUUUCGUAGUGGCUCUCUAGUUGUUUGUCACAUCUUAGGUCACCCUCUCGGGCAGCUAUUUCUAGGUUUAGAAAUACUGACAUAACAAUAUUUCUGUCUCUGUUUCAGACUUACCAGUCCUGCAGCUGCAAGAGGACACGGAGGGCAGAGAUACCUCAUCUUGGCUUCUCCCAACUCUAUAUAAACAAAGAUUCUGCUUUUGGUGCAUUACAACCAGACUUCACCCCUUUUCCUUUCCCAUUGUUCCCUAGUUAUUUUUUUGUCCAAUAAUGGGUGCCAUUUUACUCUAUCCCACACUCAGACUACGAGACUUACUUAAGAUCGUCACAUGGGACCUAGUGAAAAAAAAAAAAACAAAAAAACAAACCCUUCCUUGCAUUUUAACCAGUUGGAAAAAUAAAGUUAUAAUUAAAAGAAAAAUGAAAAAGUCAUUUCCUGUAGCAUUCAGGUAAUCUGCGGAUUUCAGUUCCAGGGAACAACAGAAAGACAAACACCAUGACUCAAAGGGCUGGAGCCUUUUUCCACCACUAAAAACAAGCCUCACUGGGAGAGGUGCUGUAUACAUGCUGCUCCAAGUGGCCAGUUUUAAACUUUCAAUCACAUUAUAUAAUACAAAACCCAGUUCCAGACCCACACAGGGGAAAAAAAAAAAAAAAGAAACCAAAACACUACAUUCAUACGGUACCUUUCAGCUCGAAUGAACCCAAGCCAUGAAUCAUCUUAUCCACCACAGAGUGCCAUCACCUCAACAUCGAAACACAGCAGCUGCUUAUUACCCUACAGGAACAUUAAGAUGGGUGCUCUUAUGCAGCCAAAACAGCAAAGAAAACUGAGUAGACAAAUAUAAUAACCUGGAACGCACAAGCUUAUCCUCCCUACCUUUAUAAUGAGUACCAGAGGGGCUUUAGGGACCACAAGCAGCCGAUGCUUCCAGCCACCCGAUGCUAACAAUGCUUUCUGCAGCACUUAAGCGAUCCUUGGAAGCCAAAAGCAUUUGACCUGGACUUGCUUUGCUUUGCUUGGUUGACAAUGAGGCCAAGAGCUGGCUAUCGCACACUGACCACAAUUGCUAUGUCACAUCCAAAGUUGUUUCUGCCACAUUUAGAACCACGAUUGAUGCAAGAAACAGAGUAAUCAUGAUGCUCUGAGUUGUCCAAAGAUCCGAAAAUUCAUCUCCCCACUGCUUGUGCAAAGAUGACAACUAAUUGCAGUCAUGUACCUGUCCUGAUGGCUGGCUGUUCAUUAAUAAAUUGCAGUCACACUCUCUCAAACAUGGCUCCCUCAGACCUUGACUCUCAGUAUCUCGGAGAGAUGCUACAUGGCUCUUGGAAGUGGCUUAUCAAAAUUGGAACCAUUUGCUAUCCAAAUACACUGAAGUUUUCACUCAAAAUUCAAAAUCUCAUUGUUACACCACACUCAUCACUGUGGUAUCUGAGUACCGUCAUUUCCAGCUGAAUUCCAGCCCCAGCUGGAUUCAAUGAACAGUCACUCUGAGUCCGGGGACGCAGAGUUAACGCAGGCCAGGAUCAUGCAGCGAGUCCUGCGUGGGCUCAUGAGAAGUUUGUUGCAGAAGUUGGACUUCAGCUCCCGCUGAAUGAGAAAGGGUCUUGUGGCCAAAGGACAUUAAUAAGGAGUUUGCUAAAGCCUCGGAGCAAUAAGGAGAUUGCUAAGGUCCCAGGGCUCUGCUCCAGAGCACUCACACAAGCGUGCCACCAGCUCCCUGAUGUAUAAAGUGUGUCUGGCUGGCUGGACGGUGGUGUGGGUUCUGCUGUUACUGCAGAGGUCUUCUGAGAGAGGGGGACAGAGGAGGAAAUUACACUGAUUGCACUGUGUCCUGAGAGUGGAGGUGCCCAUUGGCCUUUGUUUAUCCCGAAGCAGUGUGAAAUAUACUGUAAAAACAGUCUCAUUUCUACAGCACAGCUCUGCUCAUGCAUGUGAACCAAAGUGAGGUAAGAAUGGUUGGGUAAUUCCCCAAAACGGGGACCAAAAGGAGAUUGACCCCCAGGUUCCAAUGGUUAAAAUAUCAACCUAAAUGUCCUGUACUUCUCACUUCACCAUAGCUCAUCCAUGCCACACAAGCUGUAUUUUUAGCCCACCAAACCUCUCAGCCUUUCUGCUUCCCAGGGCACUUGCAGUCCCAGAGCCACAGCUCCCGCCAGGAGCAAUGACUUUCUCUUCCCAGGCAAUAUGUUUGGCCUUUUACAGACCUGCACACGGUCUGACUGAUCGAGAGAUCAGAACACUGCUUAAAACAAGAUGUUUUCACCAAAACACUCUCUGAUAAUCAAACAAAUCAAAGGGCGACCUAACUGGAUCCACAAAAGCAAAAACUAUAGCUGCCAAAGAACUGCUCUUAUCUCUGGCAUGGCUGGGUCACUGGACAUUUCACAGAAACAAAAAUGUAUUUCCUGUGUAGACCCAAUUAAAAUACCUCCAGGGAAAUAUUUCAUGUGCUCUUAAGACCUGAAGCCAAAGCUACCCUUGUAAGGUUUGUAAGGAAUGAGAUUACUUCCCAGGGGCUGAUGGAAAGCACCGAGCACCCUCUGCUGUACUCAUUAAAAUUAGGCUCAGCAGCAGCAUCUGACCUUGUAAAUACCUGGCAGAAGGGUGCUCUGCCCUCCCAGCGAGAGGCAGGCUGCCUGUCACUGCCAGGAGCUCAGAUAACGUUGGAGGACACUGCAGGAUUCAACCCAGGCAUCCAUCCACAACAGAAGCCACCAGCCUCUCCUGAUUCACGCACAAGCUGGGUCAGCUUUACUUCAAAGGGAGGAGGACUUUGCUGCCCAUGCAUAGGUCUCUGGGGACAGAUGGAGGCUGUGGGUUACUCGCUAUGCAGGAUGUGGGUGCUUUUCUUGCUGUUCUGGCUGGGACGAGGGAGGCAGAUGGCUCCCCCAGGUUUUAUAGAGAGCAGUUGCCACUCCAGGAUUUUUUGGAUGAAACUGAAUAAACUCUUGCUCCAGGGAAAGUUCUUCCAGCUGGAAAUCAAUGAUCCUUAUGCUGGUCCCAUUCUGCUGGACAAGAAACUAGCAUCUCGUUGUGGCUACGUCCUGUCAGAAGACGUGUGGGGCAACCCCGUCUUCCGCGCAUCGGUGCUUGGCUGUCACGUGGCCAACGAGGCAGAUGAGCUGUUUUCACUGAUUGUGAACAUCAAGGUCUCCUCAUUUUCAAGCAUGAGGGCAGCUGUGACCUAUACCUACCCUAUGUACUGCUCCUACUCUUCCUGGGCUUCAAGAGAAAUUGUGUGUGAAGAAAACUACAUGGAGGUAUCAGUGAAGACCGAUGUCCCUGCAGUUUCAAAUGACUACACCGUAGCGUGGAUGUCAGCUCUGCCGGAGACUCAAAAUGUUGCAUACCAACUAUGGCAACUGAUGUUUGUUUCUCCAUCAGGGAGAAAGACAAUAACGGUAAGCGAUGCAGCAAAACUGGGCUACAGCUUCAAUAAUACGCUGUCCCGAGUGUAUCUCCGUGCGCCCUAUCACAGCAACGAGUCUGACGUCAGCAUGGUCAGUGGCGUAAAUAUGAACAUGGUGACUUCCACUUCCAUGUACAGGCAGCGGUGGCUGCUUUUGCUGAUUGACACAACUGUCUCCUGUCCUGUUGAUGGCAUCAGGUUCACUGAUACUACGCUAACAUGGACUGUGCCAAGUGUUAUCCCCACAUUAGUGGUUCAAGAAUCCACCUUUCUAUCUAAAAACAUUUUAAUGGGAGUCGAUGGCCGAGCCAUAGUAAACCCAGAGGAAAACAACUACUUACUGGAGCACAACCAGACACACAUUGGAGUAACUAUCCCUAUUGGAGCAGAAGGAGGCAAGCUAAAGAGCUCCAUAUCUGAUGGUGUAUAUGGAGUCAUUUACAGUAUCGACUUAUUCUUGGAGCACACGUGGACAGAUGCAGAUUGGCAAACCACAAAAUAUACUGUCAUCAAAUCCAUCACCACACCUUUCAUGCCACAAGUACCAACUGUUAUCAACAAUACUCUGCCAGAGGAAAGGCUAUUUAAUGUUGCAUUUGGACACUUUCUUCCUGAUGUCUCUCUGGUGGCAAUCGCAAUAGGAAAUGUGCCAUUUACCCUGAGAGAAGCACAGCACCAUAGGUUUAAGAUUUAUGAAACUCCCUUUUCUAAUAGAACAAAAGGAUUUAUCCUGGAAGUCUCUUUUGAUGAUCCAUAUGUUCUAAAGGAGUAUGUGAAUAGAAAUGAAACAAAAUAUACCCUCCUCAUUAACUACACUAUAAGCGUGGGUCCGGAGAUGACACUCUAUUAUCAUUCUGCAGAGGUGGAGUGUGUGAUUGCUGAUAUCGAACUACCAGAAGCAGUUGGUUCCUGUGAUGAAGAAAACCUGUAUCUAGCCAUCCCUACUUUUGGCUUGCACCAGUAUUGGAACCUGUAUCUUGGUAACAAGCUCCUGAACCGGCACGUUGCGGUUACCAAUGGGUAUCUUCCAGCUACCAAUUCUACACACCUGAUCUUGCAAAUACCUCUGUUUGCUGUGGGAGUUACCUAUGAGGAAGUGUCCUUUCAGAAAAUUAAAGCAAGGUUUGAUGUUACCCUAAGGAAAGUGAGAACUAUGGAGACCUUACAGAAGUUCUCCGUCAGCUGCAAUUUUAAUUCUUCAGCAUUUAUAAUAUGCCACCCAGAUGGUACUAUAAUGGUAUCUGCCCAAAUGAAGACAGUUCCUGCCAUUGAUAUGAGUAAAACCAAACUAAGGGAUAGAUCUUGCAAGCCUAGAGAGUAUAAUGAAGGACAUGCCUUCUUCAAGUUCCACGUCACUACCUGUGGCACUUCAGUAAAGUUUGAAGGUGAUCACAUUAUUUAUGAAAAUGAAAUCUCUUAUGAGAAAGAGACUCUUCCGGGACAGAGCAUAGCGACAAUCACAAGAGAUCCAGACUACAGACUAACAGUCUUGUGCUACUAUCGAGCAAAAGAGACCCUAGUGCUUGGUGCCUUUGCUAGCGAUCCAUCCACAUCACCUCCCUUCGGCUCAGGAACAAUGGUACCAAGAUCAAAUACUGCAGUAUACAGAAGGAUAAGACAAGCCCUGAAUGUAGUUUCAAGAGUGUCCAAAGAUGAAUCUUUUGUGGAAUUCUACGAGCCCAACAUGGCAAUACUCAAGCGACCCAUGGAGCCUGUGUUUCUUGAGGUGGAGCUGAAAGACAAGAGCCCCCACGCCAAGUUAUACCUGGAAAACUGCUGGGUAACCAGGUCUCCAGACUUCAACAGCACCCCAAGAUGGAACAUCACUGUGGAUGGGUGCAAGAUUAACGGCAGUGAGUAUGUCGCAGAGUUCUGUCCAGUAGCUGUUAGCCCCAGGGUGAGACACCCUUCUCAUUUUAAAAGGCUAGCAGUAAGGACCCUGACACAGCGACUGGAACAGGUGAAAGUGUACGUGCACUGUUUGGUGGCAGCCUGCUCUCCUACCAACGUACUACCUGGCAGCCCCUGCAGAGGACAGCGCAGCUCAAGCAGGGAGAGGAAGGCCUUUCCAGGUCACCGCUCAGCCAAUCUCCAGGGCUACACACUCGCUGGACCAGUCUGGAUUGUCGAUCCAGAUCUAAGAUGACGCAUGUAAAGUGAAUUUGGUUUUCAACUAGACUGCCCCCAGCAGCCACCACCGUUCAGCUGACAGAAAAUGGAUCCAAAAUUUUAAAAAUUUUCCUAAACGGUGCAACUAGACACAGGAGCUACCUCUUUCAGUGACCACCACAACCAUCUUGCUUGAAGUGAAAAGACCAGACUGUGGGACUCAGGACUGCAAAACACUAGGGUCUGCUAACAGGAUUACUAAAUGUUGUAACCUGUUACCUCUCUGAAGUGGCUUCAAAAGAAAACUUAACAGAAAAUAACCCAAGGCUGCAAAAUAACACUUCUUGUUUCUUCCAGCUGUUGAAAUAUGGACUUGCAGAUCACUAAAAUUAUUCCAGCCCUGAUUAUGGCUGCUUCUUGUAAUAUUUCAUAAAGUCACUGCCAAUCCUCCCAUGCGAAUGUAAAGUGCAAAUCUGAAAAGUCAAAUAAAAAUACAUAAA